AUGAGGAGCCGCAGCAACUCCGGGGUGAAGCUGGACAACUACGCUCGCAUGGUGCAGCAGACCAUUCUCAAACACCAGGACCCCGUGACAGGCCUCCUCCCUGGCUCCCCGGAGCAGCCUCAUGCCUGGGUCAGAGAUAACGUUUACAGCGUGGUGUCGGUCUGGGCGCUGAGUCUGGCGUACAGGAAGAACGCCGACCGAGACGAGGACAAAGCCAAGGCCUACGAGCUGGAGCAGAGCGUGGUGAAGCUGAUGAGAGGGAUCCUGCAGUGCAUCAUGCGGCAGCCGCUCCGGCUGGUAGGAGGGGCCAGUCGCUGUGCUGGGACAGUGGAGCUCAGACAUAAAGGAGAGUGGAGAAAAGUGGAGAGCCCAUUUGGAAACUGGAUCCCCAAGCAAACAGAAACGGUGUGCAAAGAGCUGGACUGUGGGUCUGCCGUGUCUGAAGAAAAGAUCAAAGAUGGAACAGAGGGAGGGUGGCUGGUGUUCCCCGACUGUAUGACAGCGUCUACAGUGAGACAGUGUGUAGGCACAGCAUCAUACUUUACGUCCAAAGUGAAGGUGGUGUGUUCAGAUUUACUGAAUCGUCCAAUCCUGUCCCUCUCUUGCUCGGUGAAGCCUCAGUUCUCAGGAGGCUCCUUCCAGCUGCUCUCUCCCACUGGGAACCAAACCCUGCCUGCUGUCAAUCACUCUACACACUUCCUGUUCAACCACACUGGCCCCGCCCACAAAGGAGACUACACCUGUGUUUACCACCUACAGGUGUUCAACCACAACUUCUCCUCCGAGAGCGAGAGACUGGAGCUGAGGCUGGGAGUUUCAGACUCAGCCCUGAUCAUCAGAGUCCUGCUGAACGUAGUGCUGCAUCUUCUUUACAUUCUCCCAAUGAGCUGCUAUUACUGUCAGUCGUCAGAUCCAGACGUGGUCUACAUCAACAUGAGAAGAAGAGCCAGAGCCGAGACCUGA